GGUUGAAAUUUCAUAUGCAACUGUCAAAUGGGUAUUCUUGAAGAUUUUACGCAUUUUAAAACAUAAAUAUCAGCUUUUUCCAAACAUAUUUACGGACAUUUACUAUACGCUUGCAUCAGACGUUGGAAAUGGAGGACGAUGCACCUGUCAUAUACGGCCUCGAAUUUCAGGCUCGUGCACUUACUUCCCAGACAGCUGAAUCAGAUGCCAUUCGAUUCCUUGUGGGCACCCAGUCCCUCAAAUUUGACAAUCAGAUCCACAUCAUUGACUUUGAUGAUGAGAAUAACAUCAUUAGUAAGAGCGUCCUGCUGCACCAGGCAGGGGAGAUAUGGCACAUCAGCGCCAGUCCUGCAGAUAAAGCCGUGCUGUCGACCUGCUACAACAAAACCAGUGAGAGUCGCGUAGUGACGUGUGGAGCUGUAUGGAGGAUGCCCCCAGAGUGGGAGUCAGGGAGCCACGAGUCCCCAGACGAUCCCCACAACUCCCACAACCCCCAGAACCUGGAACUCCUCUGUCACCUUGACAACAGCGCCCAUGGCAACGCCUCCAGUGUCCUGUGGGAGCCCAUGGGAGAUGGGACGCGUGUGAUCUCUCUGGCUGAUAACCACGCUCUGCUCUGGGACUUGACGGAGAGCUCUACCCAGGCCACGAUCUUCAGCAUUGCCACCCUAGAGGGUAAAGGUCAACUGAAAUUCACCUCUGGGAAGUGGAGUCCUCAUCACAACUGUACCCAGCUGGCCACAGCCAAUGACACAGCCAUCAGAGGCUGGGACCUCCGCACCAUGAGUCAGAUCUACUGUAUAGAGAAUGCUCAUGGGCAACUGGUUCGAGACCUUGACUUCAAUCCCAACAAACAGUACUACCUGGCCAGCUGUGGGGACGACUGCAAGGUCAAAUUUUGGGACGUGAGAAACAUCAACGAGCCAGUCAAAAGCCUGGAGGAGCACUCUCACUGGGUGUGGAGCGUUCGCUACAACCACUCUCAUGAUCAGCUGGUGCUGACCGGCAGCAGUGACAGCAGGGUGAUUCUGUCCAACAUGGUGUCCAUCUCCUCCGAGCCCUUCGGUCACCUGGUGGACGACGAUGACCUCAGCGACGGAGAGGACAACCACCAGUACGACAAGAGCAAGGAGCCCCUGCAGGACAGUAUCAUCUCUACCUAUGAGGAGCAUGAGGACAGUGUGUAUGCAGUCGAGUGGUCCUCAGCAGACCCAUGGCUCUUUGCCUCUCUCAGCUACGAUGGCAGACUAGUCAUCAACAGGGUCCCCCGUGCACUCAAAUACCAUAUCCUGCUCUAGACAGACUACACACUGGACCGACGACUGGACUCAUCGUAGAGUGACGGAGAAGAGGGCGAGGAAGGAGGAGCGAUGAGGAGGGCCGAGCCGACACCCGUCAGGGGAGCCACACUCGGCAGACCCUGCACACAAACUCUCCCUUUCUCUCUUUUUUUCUCACUCUCCAUCCAUCCAUCCAUCUCUCUCUCUCUCUCUCUCUCUCUCUCUCUCUCUCUCUCUCUCUCUCUCUCUCUCUCUCUCUCUCUCUCUCUCUCUCUCUGUCUCAUUUUAUUUUUCUCUCCCUCACCCUUUCUACAAAAUAACUGAUUACGUUACACAUUCCCCUUAAUGAUGCAUCUGACUCUAUGUCUGCUAAGACAGAGAAAAUACAAAACUGCCGGUAAUCUAUUCUGUAUAUUGUCAAGUAAAUGCUAUUUAUGUCAA